AUGGCGAAAAUACUCUUGGUGAUCAUUGCUUUCGCUGCCAUCGUGUGCGCCGAGGAAGAUGUGGAACAGAAGAAGCGAGGAGCCGGAAAGACUACCAGCCUGAAUUCAAUCCCGACUGGAGUCCAAAAGCCAGACUACACUUAUAAUAUUUACUCGCAAAACCCGAGCGGAGGACAAAGCAGCUCACCGAGUUCAUACCAAUCGUCUCAAGCAGCGUAUCAAGCCCAAAUCCCUAAUUCCUUCUAUCCUAGUCAGAGUAACCAAUACUAUACUUCAGAUACGCCCACAGAUUCAUCGUAUCCACAACAACCUCAAAUAAACUUAAUCCCACCAACCACGCCUUCACAAUUCGUGCCCCUAAACUUCGUACCCAGUUCUGGUUACCAAGCUAAAUACCAAAUUGUACCGUCGAAGAACUCCCAAGGCAACUUGCAGCUAGCCAUCGUUCCGCAACCGUCUAGCUACCCAUCUCCAGUACUUCAGUAUCAAAAUCCUCUAAUACCAUCGGCUAGUCAAAUCCCCCACCAGCAGAGUCCUUUCGGCGGAAUUCCUAAUGGAUAUUUCAAUGUAGCUCCAAACUUUCAGCCCUUCGCCCUAGGAGGUGGUCAAAUAGGACAGCCGUCAACAAUGGUUCUAGUGCCUCAAGCGAAUCCCUCGUUAUACAAUAACCUUCUUUACCCCAAUCCAGUGCAAAGUUUCUACAACUAUUAUCCCACAAAUUCACAAGCUAAGUAUAGUGUGUCAUAUGGAUCCUCCCAGUCUCCGGAAGGAUCUCAAAGUGCUCCUAAAGACGGUAGUGACGUCCAGAAUCUCGAUUAUGCAUCUUCAGAUCAAAGCUAUAAGAGUGCUUUUGCACCUAGUCGUAGUGCUUCGUAUGCCAAACUAAAAUGA